AUGGUCCAGGCAAACUGGACAUCAGUCACAGUGUUUUUCUUCCUGGGAUUUUCCCACUAUCCUAAAGCUGAGGUCAUUGUAUUUAUGCUGUGUCUAGUGAUGUACCUUAUCAACUUGCUGGGCAAUACCAUUCUGAUUUCCAUCACCAUCCUGGAUUCCCACCUUCACACUCCCAUGUACUUUUUCCUCAGCAACCUCUCCUUUCUGGACAUCUGGUAUACCUCUUCUGCUCUCACUCCUAUGCUGGCAAACUUUGUUUUGGGGAACAAUACAAUCUCAUUCUCAGGAUGUGCUUUUCAGAUGUACCUCUCUCUUGCCAUGGGCUCCACUGAAUGUGUGCUCCUCUCUAUGAUGGCUUAUGACCGGUAUAUUGCCAUCCGCAACCCCCUGAGAUACCCCAUAAUCAUGAACAGGAGGAUCUGUGUGCAGAUUGCAGGCAGCUCCUGGCUGACAGGCUGCCUCACUUCCCUGGUGGAAACCGUGUCUGUGCUUCAGCUGUCUCUCUGUGGUAACACCAUCAUCAAUCAUUUCACCUGUGAAAUCCUGGCUCUCUUGAAAAUGGCUUGUGUAGACACUUCCGCAGUGCAGUUAAUCAUGCUCGUGAUCAGUGUCCUCCUUCUCCCCUUGCCAAUGCUGCUCAUCUGUGUCUCCUAUGCACUCAUCCUCUCCAACAUCCUGAGCAUUAGCUCAGGGGAUGGUCAAAGCAAAGCCUUUUCAACAUGUGCAGCCCACUUGACUGUGGUGGUUCUGUUCUACGGAACAGCUCUCUCCAUGUAUCUGAAACCCUCAGCUGUAAAUUCACAGGAAAUAGAUAAAUUUAUGGCUCUGGUAUAUGCUGGGUUAACACCAACGCUGAAUCCUAUUAUCUAUAGUCUACGGAACAAAGAAGUAAAAAUGGCUGCGAAAAAACUGCUGAUUAGAAAUCCCUUUAUCACUAUAUCAACUUUCAUCUUCAAAUAA